AUGAGUCAACCUCAGCUGAAUGAGUUCAUUCCCCCUCCGGAGUGCCCUGUUUUUGAGCCCAGCUGGGAGGAAUUUGCCGACCCUUUUGCGUACAUCAACAAAAUACGACCCAUUGCGGAGAAAACUGGCAUCUGCAAGAUCCGACCGCCGCCGGACUGGCAGCCACCGUUUGCCUGUGAUGUUGACAGACUGAAAUUCACACCACGGAUACAAAGACUCAAUGAGUUGGAGGCUCAGACCAGAGUUAAGCUCAACUUCCUGGAUCAAAUAGCUAAAUUCUGGGAGCUUCAGGGAUGCACUCUGAAAAUCCCUCACGUGGAAAGAAAGAUUUUGGAUCUUUACCAGUUGAAUAAGCUGGUGAAUGAAGAAGGUGGCUUCGAUGCAGUCUGCAGAGAGCGCCGCUGGACGAGGAUAUCCGUCAAGAUGGGCUUUGCUCCAGGCAAAGCUAUUGGCUCCCAUCUGCGGGCACACUAUGAGAGGAUCCUCUACCCAUAUAAAUUGUUCCAGACUGGAGACAAUCUGCCUAGGGCCACCUUGACCAAUGACACUAAAGAUAAGGAGUACACUCCCCAUGACCUGCCGCAGCGGCAGUCUGUCCAGCCGCAGGAGAUCUGCAGCAUCGCCCGCCGGGCAAAACGAAUGGGAUCUGAAAGAAUUAAAACCGAACCUGGCGAAGAUUGUGAGAAUCGUCCCAAUCUCAGGAGGAGGAUGGGAACGUAUUCUGUCAAACCAGAACCCGUGAGGAUGGCAGUCACUGAGGUGAAACAGGAGCCCAUUAAACAGGAGCCCAUUAAACAGGAGGAUCCAACAGAUUAUGAAGAAUAUGUGUUAAACAAGAUAAACAAACCUCCCGUAAACAAAGUGGACCAGUACAUGUGCUUGGUAUGUGGCAGUGGGACUGCUGAGGACCGCCUGCUGUUGUGUGACGGUUGUGAUGACAGCUAUCACAUCUUCUGUCUGAUCCCUCCCCUCCACGACGUUCCCAAAGGUGACUGGAGAUGUCCCAAGUGCCUGGCUCAGGAAUGUGGCAAACCUGCUGUCGCUUUUGGCUUUGAGCAGGCCAGCAGGAGCUACACCCUCCAAUCCUUUGGAGACAUGGCCGAUUCCUUCAAGUCUGAUUAUUUUAACAUGCCGGUUCAUAUGGUUCCCACUGAACUAGUGGAGAAGGAGUUCUGGCGUCUAGUCAGCACCAUUGAGGAGGAUGUAACCGUCGAGUAUGGAGCAGAUAUCGCCUCCAAGGAGUUUGGGAGUGGUUUCCCUGUGAGGAAUGGCCAUUUUGAAGUAUCUCCUGAGGAUGAGCAUUACCUGAGCAGCGGCUGGAACCUGAACAACAUGCCGGUCCUGGAUGCCUCGGUGCUGACUCACGUUACAGCCGACAUCUGUGGGAUGAAGUUACCCUGGCUAUAUGUGGGCAUGUGCUUCUCCUCGUUCUGCUGGCACAUUGAAGACCACUGGAGCUACUCCAUAAACUACCUUCACUGGGGGGAGCCAAAGACGUGGUAUGGGGCCCCUGGUUACGCUGCAGAGCACCUUGAGUCAGUCAUGAAGAAUCUGGCACCUGAGCUGUUCGAGUCCCAGCCAGACCUCCUUCACCAGCUGGUCACCAUCAUGAAUCCCAACACGCUGAUGAACAACGGCGUCCCGAUCUAUCGCACCAACCAAUGUGCAGGCGAGUUUGUGAUCACUUUCCCCAGAGCUUACCACAGUGGAUUCAACCAGGGUUUCAACUUUGCUGAAGCUGUCAAUUUUUGCACCAUGGACUGGAUGCCCAUUGGCCGUAACUGUGUGGCUCACUAUCGCGAGCUGAGCAGGUACUGCGUCUUCUCCCACGAUGAGAUGGUUUGUAACAUGGCCUGUAAAGCAGAAACAAUGGAUGUCGACCUGGCAGCAGCAGUGCAGAAGGAGAUGACCAUCAUGGUUUACGAAGAAGAGAAACUAAGAGAGAAGAUAAAGAAGAUGGGUGUGGUGCAAUCGCGACAAGUUGAUUAUGAGGUGCUCCCAGAUGAGGAGCAGCAGUGCUGCAAGUGUCGGACCACCUGCUACCUGUCUGGCAUCACCUGUGCCUGCAGUCCUGAUAAGAUGGUUUGCCUGUACCACGCCCAGGACCUCUGCUCCUGCCCUCGUAGCAACCUUACGCUCCGCUACAAGUUUAUGCUGGAUGAGUUGUAUUCCAUGAUGACAUCAGUGACGCAGCGUGCAGAGUCCUAUAAAGACUGGGUCUGCAACGUGCAGGAAAUCCUGGAGAACAAAGGAAACAAGAAAAGAGGUUUGGAAGAGCUUCACAGCCUGGUGGAGCAGGCAGAAACAAAGGAGUUCCCACCAACCAGCCUCCUGGAUCAGCUACGCGUUGUCACCACAGAGGCUGAUAAAGUUUCAGUGAUGGCACAACAGCUUCUCAAUGGAAAGAGGCAGACGAGGUAUCGUUCUGGAGGGGGAAAGUCUCAAAACCACAACGAGUUGACUGUGGAGGAGCUAAGGUGUUUUGUCCGACAGUUUGACAACCUGCCAUGCAACAUCCGACAGGCUCCUUUACUGAAGGACCUGUUGACCCGGGUGGACGACUUCCAGCAGCGCAGUGAACGUGUCCUCUCUGAUGACUCACCCAGCCCGCUGGAGCUGCAGGACCUGCUGGACGUGAGUCUGGGCCUGGAUGUGGAGCUGCCUCAGCUGCCCCUGCUGAGGGAGAGACUGGAGCAGGCCCGCUGGCUGGAGGCUGUGCAGCAAGCCAGCAGCCGGCCUGAAAGCCUCUGUCUGGACACCAUGAGGAGGCUGAUAGAUCAGGGUGUGGGCUUGGCACCUCACAGCUCUGUGGAAAGAGCCAUGGCCCGUCUGCAGGAGCUGCUGACGGUGUCGGAGCAGUGGGAGGAGCGGGCACUAAGCCUCAUGGAAGCCAGGCCAUAUCACAGCAUGGACACACUUGAUGCUGCUCUGCAGGAAGUAGAGAACAUCCCUGCCUAUCUGCCCAACUGUCUGCAGCUGAAGGAUGUCAUCACCAAGGCCAAGAAAUGGCUUCAUGAAGCCGAAGCACUCCAGCUCGGGGGACGUAUUCCUGUGUUGGACAGCCUCUCUGAGCUGGUUCUCAGAGCAGAGGGCAUCCCAGUGAGGCUCGACCCGUUGAGUCGACUGGAGGCUCUUGUCAGUGACGUUCAGACCUGGAAGGAGAGCGCAGCAAAGACGUUCCUACUGAAAAACUCCCCUUUUUCUCUCCUUGAGGUGCUUUGCCCGAGAUGUGAUGUAGGAACUGGACAUCAGAAGUCGAGAUCUAAAAAAGCAAAAGAAGCUCCACAGAUCGGUAAAAAAGCUUUAACAAAACUGGAGUCUCUGUGUGACGUGGAGAGGGCUCUCUCUGAGAGCAAGGACUCUGCCUCUGCUAUGGCCACUCUCGCUGAGGUCCGACAGAGGGAGAUGGAGAUUUUGUUGUCUCUGCGUGCUUCAAAUGAGUCCAAGCUUCUUCCUGCUGAGAACUGUUGUGCACUUAGUAUUUGUGUUUGCCAAAAGGCCCCUUCGGGCUCCAUGCUGCAGUGUGAGCUCUGUCGAGAAGUUUUCCACUGCGGCUGCGUUACGACAAACACAGAGCUCGAGUACGGCCAAGCCUGGCUUUGCCCGCUUUGCCAGCGGUCCAGGAAACCGCCUCUGGACAAGGUCCUGCCCCUGUUAGCUUCACUGCAGAGGAUCCGGGUUCGACUGCCGGAGGGGGACGCCCUGCGCUUCCUCAUCGAGAGGACGGUGCGAUGGCAGCACAGAGUCCAGCAGGCCAGCACGGAGGGAGUGCUGGAGGAAGUGACGAAGAUGGGGAGAGUUGGACCCACAGCAUCUUCAUAUCUGACUCAGGAAAUAAAUGGUUCCCUUUUUCAAACGGAGAACCAUUCUGUUCCACUCCAUGGUCUCGGUCCUGAGCUGGAGGAGCUGAUGGUGGAGGGAUUCCUGCUGCAGGUCACUCUGCCUGAAACUGAGCAGCUGUACAGAUACCUGCUGUACAAACUGGCCCCCCUGCCCUCACAUAGUUCCCCCUGUGGGAGCAACACAGACCAGGACCAGCCGUCUCCGAGAGGAAGCCCCCACCACAACAAGAACAGAGAUUCCAGUCUCAAAAAUGAGGCAGGGAACGCUCAGAGCAAAAGGACCAAGCGGCGCAAGGAAAGCUCCGACUCUCAGCACAGUGAGAAGGCCAAGAAGUGCCGCAAAAAGAAGUCUAAGAAAAGCAAAGAGAGGAGUGAAGAAACCAAGAGGACUUGUUCUCCCACACACACGGUGUCCGACCCUGCUCCUUCAGAUUCAGAGGAGGACUACUCACUGUGUGCUGCACCAUGGUGCAGAGAGCCAGAGGGCGACGAGGUAAACUGGGUCCAAUGUGAUGGCAGCUGCAAUCAGUGGUUCCACCAGAUCUGUGUAGGACUGUCUGCUGAGCGAGCAGAGAAGGAGGAGUAUAUUUGCAUAAGCUGCACACAGCCAGACUACGACAGAGGAGAAUGAAGACCAAAAAGUGACUUUGAAGGAUCAGCAGUUUUGUUGCAAGCCCAGCACUUAAGUGCACACCUGAACUCUGUGUGCCCUGUGGCCUCUCCCCUUUAUCUUCUGGCUUGCCCUUAGUGAACAUGGUGCUAUUCACUGAUUUUUCCAGAGUUACAAAAGACUUCUGUCACUGUUUUUCGUCAUGUGGCUGGUUUUUCAGCCAAUCAACUAAUCUUUUCCUAAACUUUCCAAGACUUGAUGCAGGUGUACAAAAUGGCAAAAUGUUUCAAGAAUCAACAGCGCAGGGAUUUUUCAACCAAAAAAAGUCAAUUUGACAUCACAUUUUAGAACUGCUUUUUUUUUUUUUUACAUGCAUCUGAACAAUGUGAAAUUUAUCUUUCUCUUGUAGAGUAAAUAUUAUUUAUCUAAGCAAUAGCUGAACUGAUUAAUUGAGGUUCAGUUUUCGCCUGAGCUAUAUUUGUGCUUAGAAAUUCUUUCAUAGAAAGCCUUCUUGAAGCAAAAACCCAGAAGAGUUCACUUUAUGAAUCCUAUGAUAUUACACAGUUCAGUUAAGAUUUGUGAACAGAAGUCAUUUGAAUCAGAAACCAGAGAGCGCUGACUCUACGUCUGAGCUUGUUGAUCUAAAAUGUGCAAAGGUUUGCACCUGAAUAUGUCCCCACAUCACUGACUUUUAAAUAAAGUCUGGUUCCCUUUUGCGCUGUCUGCGGAGGAAGAAAACAAGUCCUUAAUCUGUUGUUACUGGCGUUGGGUGAGACUUGAUCAUGUUCACAAACUAAGAACGAACUGUCCGACAUCAAAGGAAUGUACAUUUUGUUUGAGGGUGGAUUUUCCCUUUAUGGUUUAGGAUGAAAAUAUUGUGUUGGACUUAGAUUUAACACAGGCUGUGUGAUUUAUUUGCCACGGGUAAUAUGACCUUUUCUGCUCCUUUGGGUAAAUAAUAUAAUUCAUAUGUUGCAGUUUGCAUUAUAAAAUAAAAAAUGUUUGUUCCCAUA